AUGAGAAAUAACCUCUCCUGUUGUCAUGGUUUUCAUCCUUCGUAUUGAGUGCAGGGUAUUAGACGCCUGAAGAAGACAGAAAUUCACUAAGAUUGCAAACAUCGAUGAAGUAAAAACCGAGCUAAGUACAAAAAGGAGACAGAGAGAAAACAAUUAAUUAUAUAAAGAUGAGGAUACGAUGCUUUAGUUCUGUCCACUGUCCCCGGACACGAGACAGCGCGUGGUCCUGGUUGGUGUGCUUUUCAGGGUGUCUCUCGUUUGCUUUAGUGUUUGGAAUGCUACAGUGCUAUGCUGUUGUUAUGCCUGUGUUUAAUGGACCACUUCAAGGAAAGCAGAGAGAAAACUGCUUGGGGAGGAUCCAUUGCAGGAGGACUUGUUUUCUUUUGCGUGCCGCUGUCCACUAUGGUCAUGACUCGCCUCAAAAUCCGUUUCAGUGCAAUACUUGGAAUUCUAAUGUGCAUAACAAGCCUCGUGGCCACUUCAUUCACUACAAACAUUAUACAACUCUUCUUUUCGUAUAGUAUUCUCUACGGACUGGGCAUGUCAUUAGUUUUUACUUCGUGUAUAUUCGCCUCGACGAAGUACUUCGACAAGAGACAAGCUAUUGCCAUUGGUAUCGUUACUGGAGGUACUAAUAUAGGAGUAUUGUCACUUGGACCUAUUGUCCAGUUGCUGAUAGAUUUGUAUGGCUUCAGGACGAUGUACAGGAUCAUGGCUGGUUCGUUUGUACUACCAUUACUUGCUGUUUGCAGCUUUGAUCCUAAUGUCGAAGACCCAGUAGAUAAAGAAAAGCAAUUCAGAGAAAAUGAAGACCCAGUAGACGAAGAAAGAGAGCACAGAGGCAAUGAAGACCAACCAGGUGAUCAUGAAUGGAACUGGUCGAUGGUGCUGGAGAUAUUCAAGAGACCGAUGUACGUGGUUGCAUUGAUAGUAUUUACACUCCAAGCAAUGACUGCUUUUAUAUCAUUUGUCCAUUUGGUUAAUUAUUGCCGUGAAGUCGGGAUUUCAGUUCAGAAAGCUUCAAAUCUCUUCAUAGCAAUUGGCGUUUCUUCGAUGAUUGCUGGUAUCAUAGCGGGUAGGGUGAUGGACUACAAAAGAGUCAAUCCCUUCCAUGUUAACCAGGCUGGAGCUCUGAGCAUGGGAAUCGCUACAACUCUACUUCAGCUGUCUUCAAAUUAUAUUUUCUUCAUCUUUUUUUCUAUUUUCCUUGGUUUUGGCACCGGUGUUUUUAGCACCACGAUCGUCGUUCUGCUAUUGCGAACAGUUGAGCCAAGGCUAAGGAUAUACUCGUUUCCUAUUGGUCAGAUGAUAUCAGCCAUUGGUAAUUUUACGGGACCUCCACUCAUUGGUUUUAUCGCCGAUACAGUUGGUUCGUACAAACCGGCCUUUUACACCGCGGGAGCCAUUUUACUGCUAUCAUUCUUCCUUCCCUUUUUACAAUAUUACUUUAAACCAUGGAGGACACUAGAAAUGGAAGAACAGCCAACGCAAAUAGAAACUAAUGAAUCCCCAGACCACAGAGAUAUUCUGGACGACCGUCAAACUGUUGAUGAAGAAGAGAGGGUUGCAGGUUUGGAAAUGAAGGACAAAGGAUAUACUCAAGAUGGCACAAAUAUACCAUCUAAUGUGAAUUUAGCCGUCGAAGAAGAUUGCGUUACUAUACAUGAAAAUAUAUCUGCGACUUCUGAAUAGAAACUACUGAACCUCCAAGAAAUAAAGAUGUACAAGACUUAGAUACUACAAUUAGAAGAACGCCUAUAAAUACAUCGUAAGACCCGAAAAAAUAAGAUGUUCAAGACAAAAAGAUAAAUGCAUUUGGUGGAGAAGCCCCAUAAUGCAAC